AUCGCCACCUCGACCGCUGAGACUACUACAGUUCCGACAUCUUCAGCUGAGACCUCGACAAUUGCCACCUCGACCGCUGAGACUACUACAGUCCCGACAUCUUCAGCUGAGACCUCGACAAUCGCCACCUCGACCGCUGAGACUACUACAGUUCCGACAUCUUCAGCUGAGACCUCGACAAUUGCGGCCUCGACCGCUGAGACUACUACAGUCCCGACAUCUUCAGCUGAGACCUCGGCAAUCGCCACCUCGACCGCUGAGACUACUACAGUUCCAACAUCAUCAGCUGAGACCUCGACAAUUGCCACCUCGACCGCUGAGACUACUACAGUUCCGACAUCUUCAGCUGAGACCUCGACAAUUGCCACCUCGACCGCUGAGACUACUACAGUUCCGACAUCUUCAGCUGAGACCUCGACAAUUGCCACUUCGACCGCUGAGACUACUACAGUUCCGACAUCUUCAGCUGAGACCUCGACAAUUGCCACUUCGACCGCUGAGACUAGUACAGUUCCGACAUCUUCAGCUGAGACCUCGACAAUUGCCACCUCGACCGCUGAGACUACUACAGUUCCGACAUCUUCAGCUGAGACCUCGACAGCCGAGACCUCGACAAUUGCCACUUCGACCGCUGAGACUAGUACAGUUCCGACAUCUUCAGCUGAGACCUCGACAAUUGCCACUUCGACCGCUGAGACUACUACAGUUCCAACAUCUUCAGCUGAGACCUCGACAAUUGCCACCUCGACCGCUGAGACUACUACAGUUCCAACAUCAUCAGCUGAGACCUCGACAAUUGCCACCUCGACCGCUGAGACUACUACAGUCCCGACAUCUUCAGCUGAGACCUCGACAAUCGCCACCUCGACCGCUGAGACUACUACAGUCCCGACAUCUUCAGCUGAGACCUCGACAAUCGCCACCUCGACCGCUGAGACUACUACAGUUCCGACAUCUUCAGCUGAGACCUCGACAAUUGCCUCCUCGACCGCUGAGAUUACUACAGUCCCGACAUCUUCAGCUGAGACCUCGACAAUCGCCACCUCGACCGCUGAGACUACUACAGUUCCAACAUCAUCAGCUGAGACCUCGACAAUUGCCACCUCGACCGCUGAGACUACUACAGUCCCGACAUCUUCAGCUGAGACCUCGACAAUUGCCACCUCGACCGCUGAGACUACUACAGUCCCGACAUCUUCAGCUGAGACCUCGACAAUCGCCACCUCGACCGCUGAGACUACUACAGUUCCGACAUCUUCAGCUGAGACCUCGACAAUUGCCUCCUCGACCGCUGAGACUACUACAGUCCCGACAUCUUCAGCUGAGACCUCGACAAUCGCCAUCGACAAUUGCCACCUCGACCGCUGA